AAAUACUUAAAUAAAAAUGGAUCAUUCACUAGUAUAUAUUAACAGAACAUUUAUAGAAUUAUUAACAAAGUUUUAUAUAAAAUAUGCCAUUUGGUUAAACUGCUUACAUAAUAUUAAAUUGUUAAUAUUAUUGUAUUUUAUUAUAAUUGUUAAUAAGUAGUGUUAUAAAUUAAAUAACAUUAAUUAAUAUGGUUUAUCUAUUGUUAUUCGUCGGUAAACACUACUACUUCAAUAGACAUUAUAGAACUAUAGAAGUAAAUUAAACAUUACGUUACUAUCACAAAUCUAACACGUGUAUACAUAUUAUGAUACAUACAGUAACCUGUUAAUAUUUAGAUAAUAUACGCCCACCAAAUCGGGAUAGUACCAACAUAUUACCAUGUUCUAAAAUUUGGAAAUAAAUUUAAUUUCACUUACAAUUAUACAAUUAUUAAUAAUUAUUACCGAUAAAUAUAGAAGCAAAUAAUUGUUUCUAAUGCAUCUAAGCACUAAUUUUAAUAAUUGUAUAACGAUUUUGAAGUUUGAUACAUUUGGUUAUCGUAUUUCGAUAACGUUGAAAAUUAUGAUCGAAAAUAAACCGUUUACUGAUUAUGCUAGCGACAUCUAGUUUUUUCAUAUGAAACAUUUUAAAUAAAAUCGUUGAAUUAUUUUGUUUUUACUAAAAACAGUUGGGAAAAUAAUGUUGGAUUCUAUCACUGGACGCCCUCCUUUCUUAUGUAAUCAUUGUUGUAUUAUCUUUUAUUCUCUAAUUUACUUACUAUGCCAUGUAGCAUAGAUUGUAAAUAUUCUUUUUUUUUUAAUAAAUAAAAAAAAAACAGUAGGUUUAUUAAAAUAUUAAAUAAUUAUGUGACAACGGACAGUGACACCUUGGGUCAUAUUCAAUUAUUGUAUAUUAUGAUCUAAGGGUGCCACAUAACGGGAAGAUGCUAAGGAUAAAACAAUACGUGACAUUCACGCCAAAACAGUUAUUACGAUACAAUAACAUUGUGCCUCCAAAAAUCGCCGUGGUUGCCUAUCCAAAUAAUAAUAGUAAUAAUAAUAAUAUUAUUAUAUUGCAACAAUAACAUAGGUAUUUGCAAUUUGCAUCUUAAUAACUUAUGAUUAAAUGUUGCAGCACCCUCUAUAAGCAAAGCUUGUGCUGGGGGAGCAGUUCUUAACCGGUGAAUAUAUCAGUAUUUAAUCAGUAUUAAUUUAAAAUUAAUUAUAAAAAGUAAUUAUUUAAAAGAUAAAAAGAAAAAUUUUAUUUGGUUAUGUACAAAUGUUAAGUUGCAAACAGAAAUUGAAUAAUAGAUAAAUUAAAACGCUUAAUAUGAUUUUUGAAAGCCUUAAGACUACAAAAAUUAUUGACAUUAAUAUUUAACGAUUGACAUAAUUUUAAGCCUUGAUAUAAGAUAGCUGUUUGACUAAAAAAUGUAUGGCGGUUGGGUAAACGCAUGUUUGUGGUUUAAGAAUUAAUAGUUGGUCAGGUGUAAUGUCUAUUUUUGAAUACAUCUAUUUUAAAAAAAUGUUUAAUCUACUAAUAUUUGUCUUUUUAUACAUCAAUCUUCUAAUGUUCUUCUAAUAAUUUGUACACCCAGUUGAAAAAUGUCUACAAUUUGUAUUCGGGUUACUGAUUUUUUGACUUCAUUUUCAUCUGGAUUUGCAACAUGAGUGUGUAGUCCUCUAAUAAAAAUUAUUUCUUGUGAUACAGGUAUUUGCUAUAGAGUAAUAAUGACUAUGCAAUUAUUACAAGUAACGAACAAUAUCGAAAUACCUAACACUCGAUCAGAGUAUCGGUUUUUGUUUACCUGCGAUCAGAAAUCUAAACCAAUGAUAUACAUUUGUUUCCAAAUAAAGCCAAUGAUACACGUUUAUGUUAUCUCGAGGUUAUAUUUUAUCGAACACGGAAAAAUACAGGGUCUAAAAUCAGAUUUUUGGUAGAAACGUUUUUAACAGAUAAAUCAAAAUACAUCAUACGACAAAACUGUGGAGAUUUAUUUAAUCCCUAAUCUCCAUAUGAGUGUAAAACCAAUAAUGUUAUUGAAAUCCAAAACGAAACCCUUUUGUCUCACCAAACGUGAUAAAUGUCGUUUUAUUCCAUCGUUAUCCGACGGUUUACCAAUGACGAUAUUUAGUUGCAACUCGUUUAAUAUAAAAGGUCGUAAUAUCCGCUUUCGAUUCAUCGAUCGUGUCUCAAAAAUUUUAACUCAAGAAACAUACUAAAAUGAGCGGGAAAAUAACAAAAACCGACAAAGGAAGUAGUAAGAAGGACAGCGUUGCCAAGUCCAAAUCUUCUCGUGCCGGGCUAUUGUUCCCGGUCGCUCGUGUCCAUCGUAUUUUGAAGAAAGGUGGCUACGCCAAAUGUGUCGGUACCGGUGCAAGCGUCUACAUGGCGUCCGUUAUGGAAUAUCUGGUCGCCGAAGUAUUGGAGUUGGCCGGCAACGCGGCUCGUGACAACAAAAAGGCGCGCAUCACCCCCAGACAUUUUCAAUUGGCCAUUAGAAACGACGAAGAGUUGAGCAAACUGUUGUUUGGUGUCACCGUAGCUGAAGGUGGUGUGUUGCCCAACAUACAAUCCGUACUUCUGCCCCAAAAGGCAGAAAAGACAACCUAACUAUCAAUAUUUUCAUCUACUAUUUACAUUUUUUUAUUGUUACUUAAUUAUUUAUUAUCAGAAUUUAUAUUUUAAUUUUAGCGUAAUUAACUAAAAUGGUCCUUUACAGGACCAACAAAAUCAUAUUUUCGAAAUGAAACUAAAAUUACAUUAUCGUAUUACAAAUUACCCGUAAGUAAACUCGCAAAUUACCAUGUCGAACUUGGUUGAAUAAUAAAACAUGAUGCCCUACCUGUGUCAUAUAACAAGCAUAGAUGAUAACCCAACUAAUUUGACACGACCACAAAGAAAUAUAAUUACACUCUUAUUUUGGCCUUCCUGAUUUGAAUCAGUGAAUUUACAAUCGUCAAAAAUAUUGGAAUUUGGAAUAUCGUAUGGGCAGACCUAGAUAGAACUUAUAGGUAUUUUCAUAGAGAGGUCUAUUUUAACAUACAAUUGACUUAUCUACGUCAUUUUCUUGUUUUCAUUUUAAUAAUA